CUCUACUCUCCAUUAACACCUCGCCUUCUCAGAAAAACAAGCGAUGUGGAUUAUCGGAACGUUCGUGUCGGGACUGGCCAUCGCAUGGCUCGCUCACUGGGUUUACAAGUGGAAGAACCCUAAGUGUGGCGGCGUUCUUCCUCCCGGUUCUUUGGGGCUUCCUCUCAUCGGUGAGACCCUUCAGUUGAUGGUUCCUAGCUACUCGAUGGACCUCAACCCAUUCCUUAAGAAGAGAAUACAAAGGUACGGCAAGACAUUUCGGACGAGUGUGGCGGGUCGAGCAGUUGUAGUGUCGGCCGAUCCAGGAUUCCGCCAUUUCGUUGUUCAGCAGGAUGGCAGGCUGUUUGACUCAUGGUCUCUGGACACAUUCGCAAAGAUUUUCGCACAAGAGAGCGAGGGCAGCACCAACAUCCCGAACGUCCACAAGUACAUCCGAAGCACGGUUCUAAAGCACUUCGGCGUGGAGGGCCUCAGGGAGAAGUUGCUUCCCUUGAUGGAAGAAGUGUCUCGAGUGACCAUAAAGAGUUGGUUAGGCCAAGAAUCCAUCGACGUAAAAUAUGCCACUGGAACCAUGGCAAUUGGAUUCGGUGCAAAGCAACUGCUAAGUUAUGGUCCUAAACAAUCGUCAGAGAAAUUUUUUGAUUUAUUCUUUGCAUUUAUCCGGGGGCUUAUGUCAAUUCCUUUUAACAUACCGGGUACAUUACAUUACAAAUGCUUGAAGGACCAUAAAAAGGCGUUGUCAAUCAUUCGAGAGAUCGUAAAAGAGCGGUUUUCUUCGCCAGAGACCCCCUACAACGACUACCUUUCUCACAUCAUGGCAGAUAUGGGCAAAGAGAAAUUCCUGACAGAGGAUUCCAUGGUUCAGCUUAUAUUUACGCUUCUUUGGGUCAGCUUUGAUUCUCUUUCGACAGCACUGACAUUAGCUCUAAUGUUCCUCGAAGAGAAUCCUAAAGCAUUGCAAGAAAUCACGGAUGAGCACGAUGCCAUAAUACAGCAAAGAGAAUUAACAGACUCCUCGAUCACGUGGAAAGAAUACAAGUCAAUGCCUUUCACUCUUCAUGUAAUACAUGAAUCACUAAGGUUGGGAAGCCUCUCACCAGGAAUGUUGAGGAGGACAAAAAGGGAUGUAGAAUGGAACGGAUUCACGAUUCCAGCAGGCUGGGGAGUCUGGAUAUCCACUACCGCUUUUCACUUUGAUCCCGAGACAUACAGAGAUCCUACGACGUUCAAUCCAUGGCGCUGGAAGGACUGCAAAUCGGAUGCUCUGCUCAAGAAUUUCAUGCCUUUUGGAUCGGGAAUGAAACAAUGUGCUGGUGCGGACUACACGAGAGUUUUCUUGGCAACUUUCCUGCACGUCUUGGUGACGAAAUACAGAUUUAUAAAGGUCAAGAGAGGUCUAAUUCGCAGAAAUCCGAUUCUAAAUAUCGGGGAAGGCUUGCACAUCAAGGUCAUGGAAAAAUAGAAAGGAAACUGCUUCCACCCUCUCACGAGAUCACAACUUUGUUGGCUGUUAUGAUAUGGUUGUAAUGAUAUGGUUUCAAUGUUUUAUCUCUCGACAAA